AUGAUUCGAAUUACGAGACCAAAACCGAUCAUCGAAUCACUGAGUUACAACCUUCUCCAGAAAUGCUCCGCUAGCGGAACCCCUAAAGGAAAGGCCAAGCUGAAGACAGGUCAGCCAUUGAAGCGUAACAAACUCACCACCAAGAAAGGCGGUGGCGGCGGCGGAGGAGGAGCAGCUGGAGAAGGAGACGAGGCGGUGAAAGGAAAGGGUCAAAUUUCCGAUGAGAAGCAGAAACUCUACGAGCAAUGCUUAAACGCUCCUUGCCCUGUUCGCCACUUGAGCCCCCAGGAGAUCGAGCGAGAGGCGCAACGCGAGAAGCUAGGUCUGAUCAGCAAGGAGAAGCAAAGGGAUAUGGAGAUUCAGAAGAAAGGAGGAGCCGCCGCAAUGGGAGUCACCGAUGAGCCGAUGCGGAUCGGGACGCCGGGUCUGGAUUACAUUUCGCUGGGGAUCUUCACCGCCGACGAAUUGCCGAAAUACGAAUUGACGGCGGAGGACGGGAAGAGGCUCGCGAAGGAGAACAGCAAAGUGCUGAUGAAAGAGAACAGAGCGCGUCGCGCAGCUGAGACUGUGCUUCUGAAUAUGAAGAAAGCUGCGAUUGAAGCGUUGCCGGAGGAGCUUAAGGCGGCGGCGUUAGAGCCUGAUUUAACUCCGUUCCCGGCGAAUCGGUUUAUGGCCACUCUUACACCGCCUAUUGAAGGGUAUCUAGAGAAGGUUAUGGAUGCAGCUAAGAAGAGCUCAAGUAAAGAGAAGUUGAGAUGA